GGACUGGUCUUUUUCCUGCCCAUACCGUUGUGGAAGAUCUGUCUCCUUUAUAUCUGGACUAAACAUCUCGGGACUAGGCAGCAGCCAAGAAGACCCUCAGCAUUCCGACGCACCGCAGGGCUUGGUGUUCACACUUUGAACGUAUAUCGCUUGUAUAGACGUCCGAAAUCGAGCUUGGCAGAUAUUUCACCCUGCAGUAAUGGGUCAGUCGCAUUCCAAGGGCAACUCCAGCCCGGGCGACUCUUUGCAGUCGUAUCCAUCUUUCUCUCGGUCGGAUACCAAAGAAUCGCUCCGUUCUCUUCGGGGCUCGAUCCGCUCGAAAAUCCGUAGCAGUGACAGUCCCCGCGCAUCGACGUCCGCGCUGUCACAAACGGAGAGCCAGACCGACAGGUCGGAUGCUGGCUCGAUCAAGUCGGCAGCGAGUCGACGCAGCUCCACCAACCUGAGUACACAGUCUCCUACCGCCGAGGAUCCGGGUGCGAACCCUGAUGCCCCCGAGCCUCCCCCAUCCCCUUCCUUGUCGAGCAGUUUGAAGCGAGGACAUCAAGAUGUGAGUGCUAUGCAACAAAGCGGCGAGGUUGACCUUGUGUCGGACGCUCCUCCCACUGGUGUUGCUCCCGUGGGCCCAUCCUCGCAGGCCGUGGGUGAAUCUAUCCUCAUCAAAAAGGACAAUCAACUCAACCCCAUUCUGGACUAUAUAAUGAACACUCCACUCGAGACAGCUAGUUCACCAGGUAUGGGAAUGGGCGCUCUGAAGUCUAUUGACUUGGACGACAUGAUUUCGCGGCUUCUCGACGCCGGUUACUCGACGAAGGUCACCAAGACCGUUUGCUUGAAGAACGCAGAGAUCACGGCGAUCUGUACCGCGGCACGGGAAUUGUUCCUCUCUCAGCCGGCUCUGCUGGAGCUGUCUGCCCCUGUCAAGAUCGUCGGAGAUGUUCAUGGUCAAUAUACGGAUCUGAUCAGGCUCUUUGAGAUGUGCGGGUUCCCUCCUGCUUCAAACUAUCUGUUUUUGGGUGAUUAUGUGGAUCGUGGAAAGCAGAGUCUGGAAACGAUUCUUCUCUUGCUUUGCUAUAAGCUGAAAUACCCGGAGAACUUCUUCCUUUUACGUGGCAACCACGAGUGUGCCAACGUAACCCGCGUCUAUGGGUUCUAUGAUGAAUGUAAACGGCGUUGCAACAUCAAGAUCUGGAAGACCUUUGUUGAUACCUUCAACUGCCUCCCCAUCGCUGCGAUCGUCGCUGGCAAGAUCUUCUGUGUCCAUGGUGGUUUGUCUCCUAGCCUCUCCCAUAUGGAUGACAUUCGAGGAAUCGCACGUCCAACAGAUGUGCCGGACUACGGUUUACUGAAUGAUCUUUUGUGGAGCGACCCUGCGGAUAUGGAAGAAGACUGGGAGCCGAACGAGCGCGGAGUGAGUUAUUGCUUCGGUAAGAAGGUCAUCAUGGACUUCUUGCAACGGCAUGAUUUCGACUUGGUCUGCAGAGCGCACAUGGUCGUCGAGGACGGCUAUGAGUUCUACCAGGAUCGAAUUCUCGUUACCGUCUUUUCUGCACCUAAUUAUUGUGGUGAAUUCGACAACUGGGGUGCCAUUAUGUCGGUUUCAGGUGAAUUGUUGUGUAGUUUUGAGCUGCUCAAACCGCUGGAUUCCACCGCACUGAAGAACCAUAUUAAGAAGGGCCGGAACAAGCGGAACAGCAUGCUCAGCAGUCCUCCUGCACCUGUCUCUGCGCAAAGCUACUAGGGGUCUUGGUAAUUACAUGCCAAGCAAUCGCCGUCCGCCCAUAUGUCACCACCAAGGACCUGGACCUGAGCCUGCCAUGGCUGGUCAGCGUCCAGCAUCCCGUCCACUCAAUAGUGCGACCUAUAAUAAAUUGGUGGGG